UUUUUUUUUAAGAAAAGGAAAUUAUUAAGAGGAGACAACAAGUGGUAAUUUUCCCUCCGACACACACUCUUCUCAGCUUCGGACUCAGUGUUGUAAUGUUUUUUAUUUUUUAUUUGAAAAAAAAAAGAAAAAAGAAAAGAGAAAAUGACGUGGCGCUUGUUUUUCUCAACUUAAUUAUCACGUGCAGCUCACGUGCUGCUAGCCAACUGAAUUCUCUCUCUUCGUUCCCUCGGGCCUCAGCUUAAUGAAACCGAGAGACCUGCCCAAAAGAAAACUGACCGCUGCAUUUACCUUGUUUUUCCCUCUCCUCCAUUUCUCUCUCUCUCUCUCUCUCUCUAAAACCAGAAGAGUUACUGUUAUGGCUUCUCCGCCGCCGCCGCCGUUGCCGGACGCUUUCGGAGGCUCCGUCAUUGAGUACUUUUCUUCCUCUCCUCCUCUUCCUUCGGCGAUAGCAGCGACGGCAGCGACGCAUUCUUCUUCGCUGAAGAAUCUCAGUCCUAGCAUUUUAAUCAUUCUUUCGAUCCUUGCUUUUACUGCCUUUGCUUCUGUGAUUCUCUGCCUCGUAUUGCGAUACCUUAACCGGCGGUGUCUUCUCCGUCUAUCCGCCGUGCCUGGAUCGUCCUCGUCUUUGUCGGUUUCGAGCCGUCGGAUUACUCCAGCAGAGCAGAGUACGACUCGGUGUACCAAUUCGUUUUCGCCGAUUGAUACGCUUCCUCUUUUUUCUUUCUCCUCCAUCACGCGUCGUUCUUCCACUGCCGCAGCCGAUUGCGCCGUUUGUUUGUCAAAAUUCGAGGCGGAGGAUCAGCUUCGUUUACUUCCGCUCUGCUGCCAUGCUUUUCACGCUCAAUGCGUCGAUACAUGGCUUCAAUCGAACCAGAGUUGUCCUCUAUGCCGCUCCGCCAUUUUCGCCUCCGAAUCCGACGUGAUUAAGGCUUCUAUGGCUUCCUACACUGCCGAAGGUCGCGCCGGAGACAGUUUCAGACUCGAGAUUGGUAGUAUCAGCCGCCGGCAAGGCGCAUCCGAUUCCGCCGACGGAAGGAGAUCCUACUCAAUAGGAUCGUUCGAGUACUUCGUCGAAGAAGAUUCAGAAGUGAAUUUCACCAAUGCUCACAGGAGGAGCGUCUCGGAUAAGGAGGACAUAGAAGCUCCGCCUCAUCCAGAGCGAAGCCUCGCGGCUGAAGUCGGUUCCGGAAGGAGUUGGUUAAAGGACUACGUAGACAGGCUCUCCAAUUCCGUUUCAUCUCGAGCGCUCUCCUUCCGAGGCUCCGGCAGAUUCUUCACCGGAAGCAGCCGUCGAAGUGAGAUCGUGGUCGGCGGAGAUUGGGAACAGGAGAACAGUCGCGUCGGCGAGGAAAUAAGCGAAAUGUUCCGGUGGUUCUCAGGGGUAUAAACGUAAUUACAUCCAACAACCCUUCACGCAAAGGAUAGGCCAUUUUGGAAAUGGUAACCGCCGGCCGGUACGUAAUUUUUUUCCUUCUUAAACACGGACGGUGAAGAUUCCUCUUCUUUUUGAUCCUUUUGAUUAUGUCAACGGCCGAGAUUCACGCUGGUAAUUCCUGUGAAUAUAUAUAUAUAUAUAUAUAUUUUUGGUUGGCAUUAAAUCAAAAGCUAAAAAAAGAUUGCUGAGAUUUUGUUUAAUUAUUAUUUUCUUAAUACCUCGUUUGGCAGAGACUAAAGUAAAAAAAAAGUUCCCCAUCGUGGCAGUGAAGCUAAAAGGAACAGUGAAGUGAUUUAUGAAAUUAGUUUACAGAUCAAUGAGCUUUCCAUACCCUUUCUUUUUUUUUUUUCUUUUUUUUUUUGGAAUAUUAUGUGAAUUUGAGAGUAAAUCUUUGUGUUGAUAUGUAAUGAGUGAAUUGUGAGAUGUGCAAUAUGAAUAUGAUAUUUGUGUGGAAUUGUUUAGGAAUCAUUGCUUUGCUUGUUUGUGAAAUUGUUAGCCAAAAAAGAAAAGAAAAGAAGGGAAAAUAGGAAAAGUGAGUUGCUGAAAAUAAAGAGGCCAAGAUUAUGGGU